AAACAAUCGACGUUGGGGGCGUUUUAUUUGAAAUGUAUACAACAUUUAAACAAGAGUCGGUCAAUCGUCGCGUGUGUCAAAAGCAAAGCGGGCGUAAUUUUCUCUCAAAUCAAGUGCAAAUAAAUCAUGGCAAGCAAGCUAAAAGUUAUCUUAUUCCUCGGGACAUACCGAGAGAACAGGCUUGGCGAGAGAGUGGCCAAGUUCAUGAUAAAUCAGCUGGAACAAGAUGGUAAACACGAGGUAGAUUUCUUGGAUGCAGAAAAGUUGGACCUCCCCAUCUUGAAGAAGGCGCUGCACUUUUACAAAGAUCAGACGGAGGCACCUCAAGUCUUGCAAGAUGCUAAGAAGAAGAUCAUGGAGGCGGAUGCGUAUGUCUUCGUAUCGGGAGAGUACAACCACUCCAUACCCCCAGGCCUGACUAACAUGAUCGAUCAUUUCCCGACGUCAAUUUUUGGCUACAAGCCUUCAGCCAUCGUUUGCUACUCACCAGGAAUGUAUGGUGGCAUGCGAGCAGCGAUGCAUCUUAGAUGUUUCCUCGGUGAAAUUGGUUGCCUUCCCGUCUCUAACAUCUUCGGCAUUCCUAAAUGCCACGCAACUCUUUCGGAAGCUGGAGAGCCACUCGACGACCACCUGGUAAAAGGGGCCAAGACGAUCAUCGGCCAGUUGGAUUGGAACGCCCACGCCAUGAAGAACCACCGCGAGCUUGUAGGCUUACCCAAGUAGAAAGACUUCUUCUACCCACCUUCAGGCUUUUAGAAUACAGUUCUUAGAGUGUGUCCUGGGCCCAAUUUUAUAAAGCUGUUAAGCAGCAAAUUUCUUCACAAGAAGUGACCGGGGUACCAGUCGCAGCAAUGGUAUCUGAAUGGUGUUUGGCUGGUACCCUGCGUUUGCUAAGCAACCGUUUUUUUUUGUGCUAAGCAAGUUUUUGUGCUUACAGGUUUUAUGAAAUUGGGCCCUUGUCAUUUGGUGCAACCAUGAUAUUUAUGAUGAUUGCAUCAAAAGAAUUGGGCCAAAUGGUGUUUUUUCCAGUCCAAUUGGUGUUUUUGCAUGCAAAUGUAAUCAGUCUUCUCACUUGGUGGAUCUCAAUACAUGCAUAAAACAACAAACCUGUGAAAAUUUUAGCUCGAUUGGUCG